GCACUUUAAAUAAUAUUUCACGGCUGACGUACAUGUAAUGUAUCAGACCGGAACGCAUAUUUAUUUAUUUACCUCUUGAAAAUGAAUCCAGUUUUCGUGGAAGUACCAUGGCAAGUUCACCAAAUCUAUCUCUUAAACAACGUCUGAUAGCACGAGAAGUCAAAGAUGUAAACUCGCUCGACUUAUGGCGUGCAUGCCUAGCGGAGUUUUUGGGCACAGGAUUGCUUGCGUUUCUGGCUGUUGGUGCAGGACUCUCGCCAGAAGGAAGUCCUCCAGUCUCCAGCGUUCAUAUUGCUUUAGAAGCGGGUUUUUUCAUUGCAGCCAUAAUAACGACCUUGAACACUAUCAGUGGGGGUCAUGUAAAUCCUGCAAUAAGCCUCGGGUUUCUACUAACGGGACACAUUGGAUUUAUCCGUUUUCUCCUGUAUAUUACAGCACAAACAGUGGGUGCCAUUGCGGGAUGCGGUUUGCUAAUGGCCUUGACCCCGGAUAACCUCCAUCAGAGUGGUUUUGGGGUUAUAACCCCGGGGCCAAAUGUCACGGCUGCACAGGCCUUUGGGGCAGAGGUUGUUAUUACAUUCGUUCUGGAUUUCACCACUUUUUCUUUUGUGGAUAACGGGAGACAUGAUUUGUCGGGAUCCAUUCCAUUAAUCAUUGGAAUUGUUGUAACUUUAAAUAUCUUUGCGAUGUUUAAUGUAUCAGGAGGCUGCAUGAAUCCUGCCAGGAAUUUCGGACCAAUGGUUAUAACAGGGAACUACACAUAUGCAUGGGUGUAUUGGCUUGGACCUAUGGUUGGUGGUGGACUGGGAGCCGUGCUGUACGAUAAAGUGUUCUCCACACAGGUCUGCAAAAGGAGGCUGAAAAGUUGUAGAGGGGGCGUGUCCACACACGAGGAGGAGGCGAUCACAGAAAAGGAGGAAGAAAAUGGGAACAUCAAUAUAAAAUUGCUCGAUUCCGGACAAGUUCCCUAGAUAACCGAUCUGUUAAUGUCUGAAGAAGCAUAUGUUAUCUUCGAUAGGAAUGCACCGUGAUGGUUCGGUUGGAGUACAGACGCUGUAAAAUAUAAACUGAUUUGUAUGUCUUUGUGGUCCCUUUGCUAAAGGGACUUGUAUUUAUCUAUAGUAUUAUACGUGUAUAAUGAUCAGUAUUUCCAAAGAUUAUUUUUCUAAAUAUAUAUCUUUAUUACUGUUAAAAAUGUAUAUAAAAGUUAUACUUUGAAAUUAAUAUUUUAACAAAGACAGUACUUGCUUCUUAAUUAUGUUAUUUAUUAUGCUGUGUGCAGUUUGGAUAAACUACUUAUCAUUUACUCUGUAUACUUCCCGUCGAUUGCUGUUGUUUAAAAUGAGUUAUCUUGAAAACAAAAUGCCUGAGGUAGAUUUGUCUCAUCAAAGAAUCGUUAAACCUCUGAUAACCCUAAAACACUGCGUAUUCCAGUGUCUACCUUUUGGACUCAUUUCUCAGCUGGACUCUUUAAAACAAAAAGAGUCCAGCUGAGUAAAUAUUGGGUUGUGUUCAAAAAAGCAAUUGUCUACUUUCAUUUUUCUUACCGAGCAAGUAUGCAAGCCUUCUUUGAUUUACAAGUUUUAGUUUACUAGGCCUACCACUCUUUUUAAAUUGAAUUCCUCUUAUUUUUCAAUCUUCUGUAUCUCAAUACAAAGGAGACAGGGAAAUACAGGUGUUUCGGUAGUUUACCAGGUUUUUAAAAUUGAAUUCCUUGAUGAGUUUUAUCUUAAAUAGGCGUUUUUGCUUUCUAGAGCACUAAUUUGAACAACAGAUGACAACGGGCAGUAUACAUUGUGCAUAACAUAAAUGAGAAGUCAUCUAUGAUUACUUCAUGUUAUCAUAAACAUGUUAAUGUUAAAUAUUGAUAUUGUUAUAAAAUGAUAUUAAAUUUAACAUAUUGUUAAA